UUAGGAUUGGCUUGGCUUGGCUUCUCAAAGCUGAAUUGCUUUUUGCAAGUGUAGUUUGUAAGUAGUAGCCUGAACUUCCAUCUGGCAGCUGGGUUGGUGUUUACCCAGGAGUUCCAUAAAUGGGCAUGUGGUGGUGGUGGUGAUCCUGAGUUGAAUUUUUGGUUCACUCAAGGGUGUGCCCCAUGUCCCAGGAACCCUUGGUCAUUUCUGGUUUACACUAGUGGCCUUUUUGCUCUUAUUGUCUUGUCAAAAGUAUCCAGCUGGUCUGCUAUUGGGCUCCAUCACAAGGCAAGUCUGCUCAUAGGAAAUCUUCGGUCCCCCCUUUCCUGGGUUCACAGCCAAGGCCAAAAAGAAUUUCUUUGGUCCAUUGGCAAACAUAUGUCCCUGGCCUGGCUGAACUCCCAUCAGCCUCUCUGAGAAACAAAAUGAACUUAGAAAUUCCUACCUUUGAAAGUAAACGACUUGGGCAUUCUGGCUCGGAGCGUGGUGGCGGCGGGCGCAGCUAGCGGGUCAGCUGCGGAGCGGGGGUGCAGCUCGGUUCCCCCCCACACACCCCUCCCCCUCAGGCGCCAGCCCCACCCCUUCGCCUGCCGGGCUAUCCCCUGCGGCUCGAGCCCGGGGCGGCUCCGGGCGCCCCCCAGCAGGCCCCCCCCAUUAUGGGCAGCCAGAGCUCCAAGGCUCCCCGGGGCGACGUGACCGCCGAGGAGGCAGCAGGCGCUUCCCCAGCGAAGGCCAACGGACAGGAGAAUGGCCAUGUGAAAAGCAAUGGAGACUUAAUCCCCAAGGGUGAAGGGGAGUCGCCCCCGGUGAACGGAACAGAUGAGGCAGCUGGGGCCACUGGCGAUGCCAUCGAACCAGCACCCCCUGGCCAGGACGCUGAGGCCAAGGGGGAGACCGCCCCCAAGGAGACCCCUAAGAAGAAGAAGAACUUCUCUUUCAAGAAGCCUUUCAAAUUGAGUGGCCUGUCCUUCAAGAGAAAUCGGAAGGAGGGUGGGGGUGAUUCUUCUGCCUCUUCACCCACAGAGGAAGAGUAGGAGCAGGGGGAGAUCAGUGCCUGCAGCGAGGAGGUCACUGCCCAGGAAGGGAAGGCUGCUGCCACCCCCCAGAGCCAGGAGCCCCAGGCCAAAGGGGCAGAGGCUAGUGCUGCCUCCAAGGGAGGAGACACAGAAGAAGAGGCAGGGCCCCAGGCUGCAGAGCCGUCCACUCCUUUGGGGCUGGAAAGUGGCCCUGCAUCAGCCAGUGUUGAGCAGAAUGAGUAGCUGGGUGGGGACAGGUGGGUGAUCUCUAAGCUGCAAAAACUGUGCUGUCCUUGUGAGGUCACUGCCUGGACCUGGUGCCCUGGCUGCCUUCCUGUGCCCAGAAAGGAAGGGGCUUGUUGCCCCCUCCCAGCCACUUUCCCUUUCCUCCUCUCCCUCCUGUGAAUUCUCCCAUCAGCCAUUUGGUUUUUCUCUUAAGGCCAGUUGAAGAUGGUCCCUUACAAUUUCCCAAGUUAGGUUAGUGAUGUGAAAUGCUCCUGUCCCUGGCCCUACCUCCUUCCCUGGCCCUACCCCUGCAGAAGGCAAUUGCUGGUUUUCUCUCCCAAUUCUUUUCCAAGUAGGUUUUGUUUAUCCUACUCCCUAAAUCCCUGAGCCAGAAGUGGGGUGCUUGUACUCCCAAACCCUGAGUGUCCAGCCUUUCCCCUGUUGAGUUUUUAGUCUUUUGUGCUGUGCCUAGUGGCACCUGGGCUGGGGAGGACACUACCCCUGUCUAGGUUUUUAUAAAUGUCUUACUCAAGUUCAAACCUCUGGCUUGUGAAUCAACUGUGUCUCUUUUUUGACUUGGUAAGCAAGUAUUAGGCUUUGGGAUGGGAGGGAGGUCUGUAAUGUGAAACAACUUCUUGUUGUCUUUUUUUCUCCCAUUUUUGUAAAUAACUUUUAAUGACCAAACCUCAGAUUUGUACUUUUUUUUUUUUUUUCUAAUUGCUAAAACCAUUCUCUUCCACCUGGUUUUACUGUAACAUUUGGAAAAGG